GCUGCACAAGAGGAGAGAGACCCUCGCUCUCUCGUAGGUCGUAGCUCUCCCUCGGGGCUCCGUAGCCCGUAGGCUGAAGUGACUUUUUGUUUUUGUCCCCUUCCGGGUCUCGGCUCCCGGCUGCUCCCGUAGCCCGUCGGUUGCGGUGAUUGUUUUUUUGUACCAUCGUCGGAGUCUUGUUGGCGAAGAAAACCACCUAUUAUAUUCCUUUACCUUCUCUACAUCCCAUCGCCGGCCAAGUUCCCGCAUUCGUCACGCUAUCCCUAACCCCUCCUCUGUCUCAUGGCCGCCGCCGCCGCCGCCGCCGCUGCUGAUCCUUCUUCCCCCUCCCUCUCCCCGCGUGCCUCAUUGGCCGCCCGCCACCCUUGGCCUCUGGUCAACGGGGCGGAGCCCGAGGGUCCUGCCGCCGAUGUCCUGCCUUCGCCUUCCUCCCCAUCGCCAGCCGUCGCGAUCGCCGACCUGGAGAUCUCAGAUCGAUCUCCCCAGGAGGUGCAUGCAGAAGAAUGGUUUACGGACGCCGCACAAGGUACGAAGCAGGCUUGGAAGCGGCCGGACAACGUGUCGGCGAAAGCGGGCGGAGCGGUGAUGGGGGGAGCCGCGUCCUGGCCCGCUCUCUCCGAGACCGCCAAACCCUCCCCCAAAUCGUCUUCGUCCGAUACGCUGAAAUCGCUUGCUGAGGCGCCUCUCUCUGCGCCCGCGGGUACUACGAUUUCUACUUCUUCGCCAAAACCAAACUCUAAUCCAUAUCUGUCCCGGAAUCAUACGACUCCUGCCCGUCAGAAAACAAUGAAACGUGGCGGGGGCAGCAAUAUUAGUAGCAGCUUCGCAUCUGGUGAUGGUGGGAUGACACUGCCUUCACCAUCACCGACUUUAUCACCUAUGGCAAAUUCGGAGAAGCAUGCACCUUCAGAAAUCCCAUUCUCACCUCGAGACCAGAUUACCAGGAAGAACACGAAUUGGGACCGUGGAAAUACCCUAGGAAGGUCGGUAUUACAUGCCAAUGAUGGUAGCGACCUUAAAAGCUAUGGUGGCUACCGGAGGUGGAACAAUGGUGGGGGUGCUGGUUCUCACAACAACUAUAAUAAUCACCGUGAUGUUGAGCGCGGAGUCUAUGAUGGAUAUCGUCGGAAUGCAGGUGGCACAGAUGCCCGCAUGCAGCCACGGAAUGCCAGGCUCCUCAGGCCGCCUACUUCACCAGUGGCGCCUCCUUUCCUCGGUCCUCCUCCUCAGGUGGGGCCUUUUGGCAAUCAGAUUGUUUUUCCUGAUGUACCUUCUCCUGUCUUUUAUAUUGCUACUCAGCCACCUCCUGGAGGUGUGCCCUUUGUACCUCAUCCAGCAGUGCUUCCUCAGAUGUUUAUUCCAACUAUUGAUCCGCAGCGUUCUAAUUUAUUGAAGCAGAUAGAUUAUUAUUUCAGUGCAGAAAACUUGUGCAGAGACGUUUAUCUGAGGCAGAAUAUGGAUGAACAAGGAUGGGUCCCAGUGUCUCUGAUUGCUGGUUUUAAUAGAGUCAAGCAAUUAACAAACAGUAUAGAAUUUAUAUUAGAAACAUUGCAGCUAUCAGCGGUCCUUGAAGUACAGGGUGAUAAGAUAAGGAAGCAUCAUGAUUGGAUGAAUUGGGUCUUGCCGCCAACGGACAAACAGUCAGCUAAUGUUUCUAGUCAAUUGUCAACAUCUCCAAACUUCAAUAAUCUGGCGGCUUGUCAUGGAAUAGGAUAUACUUACCAGAACAGCAUGAGAUUACCAAAUCCUAGUGAGCUUCUUCUUAGCAGAUCAGCAUCUGGGAAUUUGAGUAACCAGAUAGAAGUGCCAGUAAAUCACAAUUGGGAUGCAAAUGGUCAAGUCAUGAUUGCAGAUUCUGAUAAGAUCAAACCUGGACGAAGUUUACUCAGGAGCGACACAUUUUGAAGUUGGUUCACUCUCGAUGUUCAAGCAUAGGUAAACAUUUGCCAUGCCAGAACUGGGAGGCUUUUCUGAGAUUGAAGAAUAAAAAACAAUAAAAACUUGGAAAAAAUCUAUGAAAGGAGAAAUUCGAACAACAAAAGAGAAACAGAAAUAAAAGCUACUAUUGUGAGGAGGUUUCAUUUAUGGACGGAUGCCAGUACUUCUGCCUAACUCUCUUUGAUUAUUAGUAUCUGCUACUUGGUUAUUUUUGGAUCAAACCAUUUUUUUUCCUACUUGAGAGUCGUGCUACUCUAAUUUUGAGUUCCUCGUUUCAGAUGGUCGAAACACCCCGUAGGACAUGACAUUAUUUUCGGUUCCCGUUGCCUAAGGAAUUUUGCUGCAUUAAUUUUUGGCUAA